AUGGAGGGUACUAUGGGCCGGUGGGCAGGUUCUCGCUCCGCUCUCUUGCUCCAGGCCCUGUUACUUCUGCUGCUGCUCUUUUUCCAAUCCUGCCUCUGCCAAACCACGCCUCAGGAUGGACCCCGAUUCGCCUUCACGCAGACAGUCUACCACGCAACCGUCUACGAAAACUCCGCCGCGCGCACCUACGCCAACAGUAAAGUUAAAAUGGGCAUUCACCUGGCGCAGCGCUCCUGGGAAAUCCGCUACAGGAUUACUUCUGGAGACGAUGAAGGGUUUUUCAAAGCGGAGGAGUAUGUUUUGGGGGACUUCUGCUUUUUACGGAUAAGGACUAAAGGCGGGAACGCAGCCAUUUUGAACAGGGAGAUACAGGAUAACUACGUGUUGACAGUGAAAGCUUCGGUAAAAGGCGAGGCUUUGCUGGAGACUUGGACAAAAGUUAGCAUACAGGUUUUGGAUAUGAACGAUUUGCGGCCACUGUUUUCGCCGACUACUUACUCAGUCACUAUUUCGGAAAGCACUCCUCUCAGGACUAGCAUAGCACAAGUUACAGCCACAGACGCGGAUAUUGGCUCCAAUGGCGAAUUUUAUUAUUUUUUCAAAGAUAAAAUGGAGCUGUUUGCAGUUCACCCGACUAGCGGUGUAGUUUCGCUCAGCGGAAAACUCAACGUUGACGAACAAAGCAGAUAUGACUUAGAGAUUUUAGCAGUAGAUCGCGGUAUGAAGCUCUACGGAAACAACGGCGUUAGCAGCACGGCGAAGCUUUUCGUUCACGUAGAAAGAGUCAACGAGCACGCGCCGACUUUGAACGUGGUCACUCACAUGCCGUCGCUGCUGGAGAAGAACCCCGUUUACGCGAUUGUCACCGUGGAAGACUUGGAUGAAGGUCUGAACGGAGAAAUCGACACCGUUUCUAUUGUCGGCGGGGACCCAUCCGAGCAUUUCUUCGUCGAACAAACGGACGAUCAUGAAUUUACGAUAAAAGGAUCAGAGCCUGUAAACUGGGACACUUACCCUUUUGGUUGUAAUCUAACGUUGCAAGCUAGAGACCGGGGAACGCCAGCGAAAUUCUCAGACGUCAAACUUGUACAAAUUACAAUUCGGAAAAAACAACCUGUUGACGUCAAAUUUGAAAAAGAGGUUUACGAAGCAAGCCUGAAUGAAAUCUCGCCACCAGGCACUAUCGUCAUAGCUGUAAAAAUAAAUCCAGAACCAGAUGACGCUGAAUACAUACUCUCCCCAUCUGCCGAUUCAGCGUUUUUCAGAAUCAACACGAUGACAGGGGUAAUCUCCACCACUCGCUCUUUCACUCAAGUCUCCCAAGAUGUUUUCAACCUGGAAGUGCUGGAAGUAGACAGCGAGCUAAAGGUCAAAAUCCGUGUCAGCAUAGAUGACGCUAAUGACAACACGCCGACAUUCACGCAGCCUUCGUAUGAGGUUUUUGUCAAUGAAAGCGUCCCCAUCGGUACCAACGUGCUGGCUGUAUCGGCCGUAGAUGACGACAAAGGCGAGAACGGCUACAUAACGUACAGUAUUUCAAGUUUGCAGCCUGUCCCGUUCAAAAUAAAUCAGUUUUCAGGCAUAAUUAGCACAAUUAAAGAGCUAGACUUUGAAUCUUCAUCUGAGAGUUUUGUUUUUGUGGUCAGAGCGUCCGAUUGGGGUUCUCCUUAUCGCAGAGAAAGCGAAGUCAACGUAACGAUUCACGUUGAGAAUGUAAAUGAUAAUCAACCGUUGUUUGAAAAAGUUGCGUGCCAGGGAGUGAUUUCAAGGGACUUCCCUGUUGACGAAAUAAUUACUACGAUGUCCGCUAUUGAUGUAGACGAGUUAGAGCUGGUCAAAUACAAAAUCCUUUCCGGCAAUGAGUUGGGAUACUUUGACCUUAAUCCAGAUUCGGGAGUUCUGACAUUACGGCGUUCAGUUACUACGGCUACUCCUAAAAAUGGAGUGUUUACUCUCAAAAUUACAGCUACAGACGGCGAGAACUAUUCCGAUCCGAUUUUCGUUAAUAUUACAAUUGUACAAGGCAAAUCACCCCCGAAAAGCUUCAACUGCAAAGAAACAAGGGUCGCACAAAAACUAGCAGAGAAGCUACUCAAGAAAUCCAAAGCUGGCUCCAAACCCAAAAUAGAAGAAGGCUUUAUCGACCUGUUUUCUGUCAACCGCCAAACGCCGCAGUUCGAUAAGGCGUUCCCGACGGAUAUCAAAAUUCGCGAAGAUCUCAAAAUCGGUUCUAGCGUUUUCCAAGUGAAUGCGUACGAUGGAGAUUCUGGAUUCAACGGGCAAAUCGUUUACACCAUUUCCGAUGGGAAUACAGAUAACUGCUUCACGAUUGACAUGCACUCUGGACUCAUUAGCAUUUUUCUUCCGAUGGAUCGUGAAAAGAAAGACCGCUACCUGCUAAAUUUAACAAUAUAUGAUCUCGGCCAACCGCAGAAAAGCUCUUGGAGACUUCUCACUAUUUUUAUUGAGGACGCCAAUGACAAUGCACCACAGUUUUUGCAAGAAUCUGGAUACAAAAUUGUCAUUCCUGAAAACACUGCCAUAGGUACCGACGUUAUCCAAGUUGAAGCUACAGACAAAGAUCUCGGUUCAAACGGGGAGAUCGUCUACUCUAUUCUUACCAGUACCACUCAGUUUGCCAUAAAUUCCUCAAAUGGGAUCGUUUACGUUGCUGGACAGCUUGACCGUGAAUUCAUUCCAAGUUUUAAUCUCAAAAUCGAAGCAAGAGACAAAGCGGAGAAAGGCAGUCAAAAAUUUUCAGUCACAACUUUGAAAAUUACCCUGGAAGAUGUCAACGAUUGUCCACCGUUGUUCAUUCCUAGUGUUUACAAGGCUAGAGCAUUGGAGGAUCUUCCCGUUGGGACUGUCGUAGCCUGGUUGGAAACUCAAGACCCAGAUUUAGGAUUGGGCGGGCAGGUUCGGUACUCUUUGGCCAACGAUUACAAUGGAUGGUUUGAAGUGGACAAAGCGAGCGGAGCCAUACGACUGACCAAGGAGCUGGACUACGAAACGCAACAGUUCUACAACCUCACCGUACGGGCCAAAGAUAAAGGACGCCCCGUUUCUCUUUUGUCUGUAACUUUUGUGGAGAUUGAAGUCGUUGACGUCAAUGAAAACCUCUACGCACCGUAUUUUAACCAAUUUGCUUUAACUGGAUUAAUCAAAGAAAAUUCUCGUAUCGGAACUACGCUUCUUCAGGUCACGGCCAAUGAUGAGGACGACGGUCGUGACGGGGAGAUACAGUACUCCAUUCGGGACGGGAGUGGACUGGGAAGGUUCGCCAUUGAUGAAGAGUCAGGAGUGAUCUACACCACGGACAUGCUGGACCGUGAGACCAAAGACUCGUACUGGCUGACGGUGUACGCCAGCGAUCACGGGGUGGUGCCUCAGUUCGCCUCCAUCGAAGUCUUCAUCCAGGUGGAGGACGUGAACGACAACGCCCCCCUGACCUCGGAGCCCCUGUACCGGCCGUCCGUCAGCGAGAACUCCCCCCGCGACCUCUCCGUCAUCCAGAUCCAGGCGCAGGACCCGGACGCGGCGCCCCCCGGAGGACAGGACCGGCUCAGCUACAAGAUCGUCAGCGGGAACCCUCAGAACUUCUUCGCGAUCAACCCGCGGACAGGUUUAAUUACCACCACCUCCCGCAAACUGGACCGCGAGCAGCAGAACGAGCACGUGCUGGAGGUGGUUGUUUCCGACGGGGGUCCAAACCCAAGACAGACCACGGUUUGGGUGAUGGUCCAAGUGAUCGACGAGAACGACAACAAGCCCACGUUUUCAGAGAAGGUGUACCAGGUCAAACUACCGGAGCGGGACAGGAAGAAGAAAGGGGAGCCCAUUUAUCGCGUGUUUGCCCACGAUCGAGACGAGGGCCCCAACGCAGAUCUGUCCUACAGCAUCGUCGACGGCAACGAGGACGGCAAGUUCUUCAUCGACCCCAAAACGGCAGUGGUGUCAUCCAGAAAGGCUUUUACCGCUGGGAGCUACGAUAUUCUCACGAUUAAAGCCACAGAUAACGGCCGCCCUCAGAAGUCGUCCACGGCCCGUCUUCACAUCGAGUGGAUCCGCCGCCCCGCCGCCCUCCCCUCCCCUCUGCUUUUUGACGAAACCUUCUACAACUUCACCGUCAUGGAGAACGAUAAAGUCUCCGAGAUUGUGGGCGUGGUCUCCCUGCAGCACAGCACUCCCCCUCUGUGGUUUGACAUCACAGGGCCCCGUUUUUUCCGUGAGAUGUUCUGUAUUCUGCACAACGCUUGUGGCAGGAACUGCUCCUCCGAAGGGGGGAACACGGACAGUGCGUUUGACGUGGACAAAGCCGUGGGGACGCUCGUGAUCGCUCGGCCGCUGGACGCAGAGCAGAGGUCCUUCUACAACCUCACAGUCACAGCCACCGAUGGGACCAAUACAGCUGCUACACAGGUGCACAUCACUGUCAUGGACAACAACGACAACGCUCCGGUCUUCUCCCAGCCGACCUACGACAUCACCAUCUCGGAGGACACGCCCCCUGACUCGGAGGUGGUGCAGGUUCUGGCGUCCGACCGCGACGAGCACCACAAGCUGACCUACUCCCUCCAGAGCGCCAUCGACCCCAGCAGCCUCCGCCUCUUCAGGAUCAACCCCACCCAGGGAACCAUCUACACCACACAGAGACUGGACCACGAGGCCUGCGCUCAGCAUAUCCUCACCGUCAUGGUAAAGGACCAGGAGUUCCCGUACAGGAAGAAUCUGGCUCGCGUGCUGGUGGAGGUGGAGGACAUAAACGACCACGUGCCCAUCUUCACCAGCGCUCUGUACGAGGGCUCUGUCUAUGAGUCUGCUGCUGUGGGCUCCGCUGUGGUUCAGGUCACUGCUCUAGACAAGGACAAAGGCCAGAACGCUGAGCUGCACUACACCAUUGAAGCAGGUAACACUGGGAACGCCUUCCACAUCGAGCCUGUUUUGGGAAUCAUCACCGUGGCCCGAGAUUUGGAUUUAUCGAGCAUCGGUCAUUACGUCCUCACGGUCAGGGUCACCGACAGCGGCUCACCUCCUCUCUCCACCACCACUGUCGUCCGGAUCGCCGUCACUCUUUCUGACAACGCCGGCCCCAAAUUCCCACAACCGGAAUACCAAUCUGAAAUCACGGAAAACGCCGCUAUCGGAACGUCUGUAAUUACCAUCAAUGCCGUAAGCCAGUCGACGUUAACUUAUAACAUCAAACUUGGCAACGCAAAUCAUGUUUUUCAAAUCAACCAGUACAGUGGAGUAAUAACUACCCAAAAGCAGCUAGACUACGAGACCAAACCAUCGUAUACGCUCAUCGUCCAAGCUGCCAACAUGGCUGGAAUGGCUACAAAUGUCACUGUAAUACUUCAUGUUGUGGAUGAAAAUGACAACCAACCUGUAUUCCAGCAGCUUCACUAUAGAGGGAGCAUUAGCGAGGCUGCUUCAAUCAAUAGCGUCGUCCUUAACUCAGAUAAUUCUCCCUUGGUUAUCAAAGCUACAGACGCCGAUCGCAACCAGAACGCUGUUUUGAGCUACCAAAUAGUUGAAGAUACCGCAAAGAUGUUUUUCACCGUCGACUCUGGAACAGGGUCGAUAAGAACUAUAGCUAACUUGGAUCACGAAACUAUUUCAAGCUUUCAUUUUCACGUUCACGUAAGGGACAACGGAAAACCACAACUGACAGCGGACAGUCCAACAGAAGUGACCAUUGAAGUUAUAGACACCAACGAUUCGCCGCCGCGGUUUACUCAAAGUGCGUAUGAAGCUGUUUUGCUGUUACCAACGUACGUAGGAGUUGAAGCGCUACAAGUUUCAGCAAUUGAUCCAGACAAAGAUGUACCUACAGAGCUAACAUACACGUUAACUGAUGGAGUAUUGGAGCAUUUUGCCAUAAAACCUUCGAGUGGUGUCAUUGUGGUAAAAAAUAAUAACUUCUCAAAAGAGCGUUUCCGAUUCAGCGUCAAAGUUUCAGAUGGGAAAUUCUCCAGCACUGCUUUGGUGACUAUCCUAGUUCGUGAAGCGCUGGAUUCAGGUCUUAGCUUCUCCCAAAGCAUCUAUACAUCGUCAAUUCAAGAAAACGUUUCUAAUAUCACUAAAGUCGCUGUUGUGAACGCCAUUGGAAACCGUUUGAAUGAGCCGUUGAAGUACACACUACUGAAUGCAGGCACGAGAUUCAGAAUUCGUCCGACUUCUGGCGUAAUCCAGACUACGGGAAUACCUUUUGAUCGUGAAGAGCAAGAGUUUUACGAAUUGGUAGUUGAGGCAAAACGUGAGCAUGACCGGCUGCAUGUAGCGAGGGUUCUGGUGAGAGUUCAAGUGGAAGACAUCAAUGACAAUGCGCCAGUUUUCGUCGGUUUGCCGUACUACGCGGCGGUUCAAGUGGAAGCUGAACCUGGAUCGCAUAUUUUUAAAGUCAUGGCUGUUGAUGGUGACAAAGGCAUCAACGGCGAAGUGUCAUAUUACUUAAAAGACGAUCACGGACAUUUCGAAAUCAACCGACAUACUGGGACUUUGAGCUUAAAACGUGCAUUCGAAUCGGAUCUAUCCAAUGUGGAAUACCAAAUGGUGAUUUUUGCACGAGAUGGAGGGUAUCCGCCGUUAUCCACAAGCGUUGAGUUUGCGAUAACUGUUGUCAACAAAGCGAUGCCAGUUUUUGACAAACCUUUUUAUACCGUAUCCGUCAACGAGGACAUUUCAAUCCACACGCCUAUACUUGGCAUCAACGCAACCAGUCCAGAAGGUCAAAAUAUUAUCUAUACUAUUGUGGACGGUGACCCUUCUCUUCAAUUUGACAUAGGUUUUGAUACUGGUGUGAUCAGCGUCAUUCAUGCUUUGGAUUACGAAGAAGCCUCGUCUUACCGUUUAACUGUAAGAGCAACUGACUAUCUGACUAGCGCCAGAGCUGAAGUCGACGUUGAUAUUAUCGUGCUCGAUGUAAACGAUAACGCUCCUAGUUUCCAAAAGAUGUUUUACAAAGUGAUUUUAUCUGAAUCGGCCAUGAUUGGGACCCCUGCGCUUCAGGUUAUUGCAACAGACAGCGAUUCAGAGAAAAAUAACAUCGUACGCUAUCAGAUUUUUUCUAACGAGCACAAUAGCACUGAUUACUUCCACAUUGACAGCAGUAGCGGACUGAUUUUAACUGCACGUAUGCUCGAUCAUGAACUUGUCCAGCAGUAUAACUUUAUCGUAAGGGCUACUGAUAAUGGUUUUCCACCUUUGAGCAGCGAAGUCUCAGUCAUUGUUGUCGUAAAUGAUUUGAAUGACAACCCACCCGUUUUCCACCAACUUCUUUACGAGGCGUAUGUGAACGAAUUGGCUCCAAGAGGACAUUUUGUAACCUGCGUCCAAGCUUCAGAUGCUGACAGCUCGGAUUUUGACAAACUGGAGUACAGCAUUUUGUCUGGGAAUGAGAAAAUGAACUUCGUGAUGGACAAACGAACGGGGAUUAUAACUUUAUCAAGUCAUCGUAAGCAAAGGAUGGACCCAGUCUAUAGUCUGAACGUGUCCGUGUCCGAUGGAGUUUUUACAAGUACAGCCCAAGUUCACGUGAAGGUUUUAGGAGCCAAUUUGUUCAGUCCAGUAUUUGAACAAAAUCUUUAUGUAGCUGAAAUCAGAGAGAACUCACCCGUGGGAACUAGAGUUAUACAGGUAAAGGCAACAGAUGCAGACCCAGGAGUAUACGGCCAAGUCUCUUACUCCUUUGUGAAUGACAUUGGAAAAGACCAGUUCAGUAUUGACCCAAAUGGACAAAUUCUAACUUUGGAAAAGCUUGACCGUGAAGACCCUUCCAACAAGAACAUUAUUUUAACCAUUGCCGCCCAAGACUCCGGUGGACGGGCUUCUUACUGCACCGUCCAGGUCUCUCUUUUGGAUGAAAAUGACUGCGUACCACGUUUCCAGGCAACCGAAUACAGAGCGUCAGUAAAAUCAGAUGUUGCUAAAGGACAUUUAGUGACACAAAUCCAAGCUUUUGACAGAGAUGCCGGUUUAAACGCCAAAGUUACAUACUCUCUUUACAGCGAAGCCCAUGUCCCAGUGGUGGACAUUUUAGAAAUCGACCCAGAUAAUGGUUGGAUGGUGACCAAAGGCAGUUUCAGCCAUUUGCGAAAUUCAGUUUUGUCUUUUUUCGUCAAGGCUGUGGACGGUGGAAACCCAAUCCGUCAUUCACUAGUAUCAGUAUACAUACAUGUCCUGUCCCCUGAUUCGUUUAUACCAUCUUUUACUCAGCAACAGUUCCAAUUCAACACACCUGAAGACACCCCAAUAGGUUCAGUCAUUGGUAAAGUCCAUGUUAAUUUGCCUUCUGGACAUGGUUCACUACCUGUUACAUUUGCCGUAGUCAAUGGAGAGAUGGGAGAAAACAACCAAGAUAGCGUGUUUGUAGUAGAGAAAGAUACAGGGGCGAUUAAACUUGAUAAACCGCUGGAUCAUGAAGUUAUCAAAGGAUUUCAUUUUAAAGUUGCUGCGACUGUACAACAAGCAAAACUAGACUCGGUAACUUCAGUUGAUGUCGAGAUCAAAGUUUUAGAUCUGAACGAUAACAAACCUGCUUUUGAUGCGAACAACUACGAAGCUACAGUGAUGGAAGGAAUGCCAAUUGGGACAAAAAUCAUCCAGGUUCAUGCUGUAGAUCCUGAUUCAGGUGCUAACGGACAAGUUACGUACAGUCUUGGAAACUUGCUCCAAUCAGAAAUGGACUCUUUGCUUGAAACUUUUAGCAUUGACACCAACACUGGCUGGAUUUCCACCCGUAAAGAUCUGGACCAUGAAACCAGUCCGUCUUAUACUUUCACAGUAGUGGCAGCAGAUUUAGGGGAGGUUGUAUCUUUGUCCAGUACUGCGACCAUCACUGUCGCCGUAUCAGACAUCAACGAUAAUCCACCAAGAUUUCUGGAGCAGCAUUAUUUUGGAUCAGUUCAAGAGAGCGAUCCUCCUGGGCAAGUGGUGGCGGUCCUCAACACCAGAGACGAUGAUAGUUCUGCUGUGAACCGCCAAGUCAGCUACCACAUCAUCGGUGGGAACUACCGCGGCGUGUUUGCCCUGGGGCUGGUUCAGGGAGAGUGGAAGAUGUACGUGAAGGGACCUCUGGAUCGAGAGGACAGGAACCUCUACGUCAUCAACGUUACCGCGAGCGACGGCUUCUUCGUUUCCCAGGCAACGGUCGAGGUGUCGGUGACGGAUACCAACGACAACAGCCCCAUCUGCGACCAGGCGGUGUACACUGCGUCUGUCUCGGAGGACGUCCCUGUGAACAGUGUGGUGCUGAGGGUGGUCGCCGCAGACGCUGAUGUGGGGCUCAGUGCCUGGAUCCAGUACAGUCUCCACGGACACGGCUCUCAGGACUUCAGCAUCGACCCGGACACUGGUGAUAUCAAACUAAUGGUGAACCUGGAUCGAGAGGUGACGCCAGCUUACAGACUGGUUGCCAAAGCGACAGACGGUGGUGGCCAUUUUUGUAGUUCUGACGUGCUGCUGACGGUGAGCGACGUGAAUGACAACCCUCCCCUCUUCACCCUGCCUCACUACACCGCCAGUGUUUAUGAAGACACCGCCCCCAGAGCCCUGCUCACCCGCAUACAGGCCAUCGAUCCAGACCAGGCAGGUCCGGGCCGCACUGUCGUCUACUCUUUGGCCGACUCCGCAGACGGCUCCUUCUCCAUCGAAAAAUCUUCUGGCAUCGUCGUUUUGGAGCGAGUUCUGGAUCGCGAGGUGCAGUCUUCGUAUCAGAUCACCGUCCGCGCUUCGGACCAGGGCACGCCCCGGCCUCUGUCCUCUCUGGUCAACGUCACCAUCACCGUGCUGGACAUCAACGACAACCCGCCGGUGUUCGAGAGGAGGGACCAGCUGGCCACCGUCCCGGAGGAUGUCGGGGUGGGCACGGAGGUACUGAGGGUCUACGCGGCCAGCAAAGACAUCGGCACCAACGCGGAGAUCACCUACAGCAUCAGAUCUGGCAACGAGCACGGGAAGUUCCAUGUCCACCCGCUCACAGGUGCGAUCCUCGUAGCUCAGCCUCUGGACUAUGAGACGUGCCGGGACUACUUUCUGACCGUGGAGGCGCGGGAUGGAGGAACCCCGCCCCUGAGCGCCAUCACCACGGUGAACAUCAACCUCACCGACGUCAACGACAACGCGCCCAUCUUCAGCCGCGACGUGUACUCCGCCGUGGUGUCCGAGGACGCCGCCAUCGGGGAGGCGGUGGUGCAGCUGAUGGCGGAGGACGUGGACAGUCAGAUGAACGGGGCAGUGCUGUACUCCAUCGUGAGCGGAGACAGAGAAAACCAGUUCUUCAUUGAUCUGCUCAGUGGAGUCAUCAAAGUGAACAAGCAGCUGGACAGAGAGACCGUGCCCAGUUACACUCUGGCGGUACGUGCUCUGGACAGCGGAGCCCCGCCCCUGUCGUCCACGGUAACAGUAACCAUCGACAUCUCAGACAUCAACGACAACGCUCCGGCCUUCUCUCCGGCCAAUGUCACUGCGGUCAUACAGGAGAACAAGCCCAUUGGCACCAGCAUCAUUCAGCUGUCUGUGGUGGACCUGGACUCCUCCCAUAACGGACCGCCCUUUGACUUCCACAUCCUGUCGGGGAACGAGGGUGGCGAGUUCGUGCUGGAGAGAGACGGUACCCUCACAGCCAAUCAGGUGUUCAGGAGAGACCUGGCCACCGAGUAUGUGCUGCAGAUCAAGGUAUCUGACUCUGGAAAGCCCCGCCUCUCCUCCACCUCCCCCCUCACCGUGCGGGUGAUCGAGGAGAGCCUGCACCGCCCCGUAGCUCUGCCUCUGGAGGUGCACAUCAUCACUAUGGAGGACGAGUUUCCAGGAGGGGUCAUAGGUCAACUGCACGCCACCGACGCCGACCCGUACGACGCUUUGACUUUUGGCCACGCCCCCCCAGCCCAGCGCAGCCUGUUCAAGAUCAGCCCCAGAGACGGAAAGAUCAUCGCUUUGGGAGGGUUGGACGCCGGACGGUACGCGCUGAACGCCAGUGUCAGCGACGGGCGCUUUGCCGUGCCCGUGGCCGUGAGCGUGCACGUGGAGCAGGCCACCCCCGACAUGCUGCGAGAGGCCGUCACCGUGAGGUUUGAGAGCGUGCAGCCCAGAGAGUUUGUGGCAUCGUAUCUCAAGAGUGUCUUAAAGGUGUUGCAGAAAGCAGCGGCCUCUCAGCCUCGGGACAUCGUGCACGUGCUCAGUCUGCAGCCUGUGGGGGGCACCUCUCAGCUGGACAUGCUGUUGGCCGUGGAGACCGGUGCGGGGGGCUUCUAUAAAGCCGCCUUCCUCACCCAGAAGCUGAGCGCAUCCCGGAGGAGGCUGGAGGAGGUGCUCAGGGUGUCGGCCAUCUUGGAUAAGAACUGCUCGGGUCUGGACUGUCGAGGGGCACAGUGUGAGCAGAGUAUCACCCUGGACUCCCACAAUCUGGCAACCUACAGCACCCCGCGGGUGAGCUUUGUAUCACCCAGGUUUCACCGCACCUCCCGCUGCACUUGCACCGACGCCAGCUGUGCCGUUCUAUCAGAACAGUGUGAGGAGCAGAACUGCCCCGCUGAUAUGCAGUGUAUCUCCAUAGAGGCCUCCAGAGGGCGCUACGCCUGUCAGUGUCCACCGGGGAAACUGGGAGAGUGUUCAGGCCAGUCCUCUCUGAGUUUCUCUGGGAACAGUUACAUCAAAUACAAAGUGACCGAUCGACUGCAGACGGAGCUGAAGCUGAGUCUGAGGAUCAGGACUCUGCAGAACAAAGGAAUCAUCAUGUACACUCACACUGAACCCUGCACCGUGCUCAAGCUGGAGGAGGGAAAGCUGUGGUUCCAGUUGGCCUGCGCGUCCGGAUCGGGGGACACUCCGGACCUGUUGGGGAUCUCGGGACGUCCCAUCAACGACGGCAGCUGGCACACGGUGGCGCUAGAGCUCAGCCGAAACGUCAGCAGUUUGUCCAUAGACGACAGUUACGUGGAGCAGCGGCGCGGGCCCCUCUACGCCCCCCUCGGACCAGACAAGACCAUCUACUUUGGAGCUCUGGUGCAGCACCCGUCGUCCCGCGGCCUGGUGGUGUCACAGAAGGACCCUCGGGUGCUGGAGGGCUUUCAGGGCUGCCUGGACUCGGUGAUGCUCAACAACAACGAGCUCCCUCUGCAGAACAAGCGCUCCCGGUACGCAGAGGUGGUGGGCCUGACCGAACUCAAGCUCGGCUGCAUCCUGUACCCCGACCCCUGCGGGAACCAGCCCUGCCGCAACGGAGGCAGCUGCACCACACUGCCCUCUGGAGGUUUCUCGUGCACCUGCAGCCCUCAGUACACCGGGGGGCGCUGUGAGCUGGAGAUCACUGCCUGUGUGCCAAACCCGUGUCAGAACGGAGGAGUGUGUAAAACCAUCGGCAGCGCGUUCCUCUGCAGCUGCAGGAGGGGCUUCAAGGGCCUCACGUGCCAGGAGGAUGUAAACGAGUGCGACCGCAGUAACCCGGAGGGCGAGUGCGAGAACGGGGGCGUCUGCGUCAACACCCACGGGUCCUUCUACUGCAACUGCACGGCCGGGUUUGUGGGGCAGAGGUGCUCCCUUCGGCCCGUGGUGGUGCCGGACAUGCAGGCCGGGCACGCCAUGGUCGGGAAGGAGGAGCUGAUCGGCAUCGCUGUGGUCCUCUUCGUCAUCGUCACCCUCAUCAUCCUCUUCAUCGCUUUCCGUAAAAAGGUUUUCCAGAAGAAUUACUCCAGGAAUAAUCUGUCUCUAGUGCAGGAUCCCGCCACGGCCGCUCUGCUUAAUAAAGCCAAUGGUGUCCAGUUUAAGACCCUGCACUGUGGCGUGGGAGACCCCUUGAACCUGUACGCUGAGCCCACCGUGGUCGGGGUCGGGGGACUGAUCGGACCCCCUCAAGUCCCGGUCCGCCCCAUGGCCUACACACCCUGCUCCAGGUUCAAAGUCCAAGAUGAUCCUCGCUCGACUCUGGAGAAGAUGGUGGAUGGUCGGACCGUGGAGCAGACGGAGAUGAGCACGUUUCACCCCGAGUCCCCGCGGUUCCUCACGGGGACCACCAGGAGGGGCGUGGUGGUCUGCAGCGUGGCCCCAAACCUGCCGCCAGUCUCCCCCUGCCGCUCCGACUGUGACUCCCUACGCAAGAGCCCCUGGGACAGUGACGAAGGUAAAAUGGUGGACUUGGCAGAAGAGGUCACGUGUUUCUCCGGCAGUAACAAAGGCAGUAACUCUGAGGUGCAGUCUCUCAGCUCGUUCCAGUCCGACUCUUGUGAUGACAACGCCUCCAUAGUGACCGUCAUUCGAUUGGUCAAUGACGCAGUGGACUCAAUCGAGAGUGAAGUGUCCGUCAUGGAUCAGGGUCAAACCUACAACAGAGCCUACCAUUGGGACACUUCAGACUGGAUGCCGAACACUCGCCUUUCCGACAUCGAAGAGGCGCCCGGAUACGAAGCCGUCCCGACCAACGACGCGUCAAACUCCUCCCGCGGAAACCCAAGCCCCGCCCCCGGCCUCACAAACUCCUCCUCCUCCCAGCUUACGGGAAGCGCGCGCGAGCUGGAGUCGGACUACUAUCUGGGCGGGUACGACAUAGACAGUGACUACCCCCCUCCCCAGGACGAGGACUUGUUUAGCGGGGACCAACUUCCCGUCCCGCUGCCCAGUCAGGUCGCGGAGGACUACGCCGACAGCUAUACGCACAUUUCCAACAGCCAACAGGAGGGGGCGAAAGAGAACACUUUAGGCUUUCACCCCAGCCAGUACCUGCCCCCUCACCAGUUACCGCUAGGGGACGGGACGCCGAGCCAAAACGAGGAACUUUCCAUCGGAGCUUCUUCGACUUCCGACGUCUCCAAUCCGUGCGCCAUGGAUUCGGAGACAAACUCAGAGAGGGACAGUAUGGAGGAGCUGAGGCGAGGCGUUACCAUAACAACGGAAUCGCAACAACAAACAGAAGUGUGAGAGACAGGACUAAAGUGAAUGGUUUGAUGGUGAGAAGAAAUGGGACCCAAGUCGACAUGGAUAGAAGGAGCUGACAUGGGGAAAAAAUUUGAAGAUAAAGCACUAAAAAUGUUUUGGGAUUGUAAAAAGGUCGUACACAAAUCAGCCAAAACAUUAUGACCACAAACGGCAUAGAUUUUUUAGUCAAAUA